AUGUUUGAAGAUUAUCAAGGUACACCAGAUUCAAAUAAUUUGCCAGUAUUUAAUCCUCUAGGUGCACACAGUUUUUUUUUGGGUAAUGGUUAUGUCAUGAAUCAAUUUAGUACAGCACAAAUAUCUCUUAUUGCUAAAGCAAAUAAUAUACCUGUUGUAAAACAUAAAUUUUUUGAAUCAGUUCAAAUUGAUAGUUUCGUUUCUAAUAAACUUGAUGAUCAAAGUGAAUUAACUACUAAUCAUUCAGUUCUUCGUUCAGCUAUGCUAUUCUCAUCAUCGACAAGUCAAACUUCAAAUUCAUCAAAAUCAAAUUUAAAUAGUCUUGAUAUGACAUGUGACGUCAUACCACCAAUAUUUAUAAGUACUGUUAUUACAGAAUUGGAUAUUUUAUCAUGA